GAGAUCUGUGGGAUUAUCUUUGUUCAUAAUAGUAUUGGAACAGCAAAAGGGUUGGACCACUUCUUUGCCCUAUUACAUGCCUGAUAGUGCUUGAUAUCUAGAGAAUUCGAGAGCGGGGGCUGUUAUAAAUAGGAAUUCAUCCAAGUCCUUUGAUUGAUUUCCUUGGGCGUUAAUUCAUCAUCCUAUCUAGGUUUUGAUGCUUAACGAGUGAACCGAACCCCAAUUAAAGAGGAUGCGGAGCGAUUUUGCUAAAUCUAGUUUUCAUAUUAGGCGGUGUGGAGAUGUUGCUGAGGUUGUGUUGGGAAUUCGUCCUUCGUCCGCUGAAAACGAAGCAGCUUGCCCUAACACGGUCAGAUUCGGGACUCUUGAUUCUGCAAAUCACGAGGAGUUGAUACGGAAUGAUAAAUGUUUUCAAGUCCAAUUACCAGAAUCGGUGUCUGCCACUGCCAAGAAUCAAACAAUACCAGUAAACAACGAACCACCUGACGAGGAAUCAAAAGCAUUUGGAGACGGAGACGAAGGCAAGCGAAGUCUCACCACUCGACUAUCUACAGAUCCAUCGGUCACAUUUUCUUCUGGAUCGCUUGGAGCUUCAUAUGAUUCAACGUCUUCUCUCAAGAGGAGCUACGACGAGUACUCCGAGGGUUUUAUGCAUCUAAGCGAUAACGUGGAGGAAGAAACAUCAAUGCCUAGCAGGACAAGUAGAGGUUCCAAGAGAAGGCGAAGUUCAGAAGCGCAUAAUUUAUCCGAGCGAAGAAGAAGAGAAAAGAUCAACGAGAAGAUGCGUGCUUUACAAAAUCUACUACCGAACUGCAACAAGGAGGACAAAGCUUCAAUGCUAGAGGAGGCGAUUGAGUAUUUGAAGACACUUCAGUUUCAACUACAGACAAUGUCAAUGGGUUGCUUCUUGCCUUCGAUGAUGUUAAUGGGCAGAAUGAGACAAUUACCUCUUCAGUUUGCUCCAAUGGGUCCGCCACCACCACAGUUCCUGACUACUUCACCAAUGCUGCAGGCUCGAUCCAUGUCAGUGCCACAUCCACCAUUUUUUAAUCCUUUGUUUGGAAUGCCUUGUUCUUCUUCUUCUACACAAUCAGUUCCUAUGACCAACCCAUUUGAACAUCUGGGUUGUUUUGGGAUUCUGUCACAAUCAAAUUCAAAGAAUCAGUCACAACUGUAAGAUUGAUAAGUUGUAUGAUCGCCAUUAAUGGAUCGAGUUACGUCCGUCCAUUAUUGACAAAGGUAAAUUUUGGCUUUGAGUGAUCAGAAAACAAUGUAUUGUGUUGAAGGAAAUAUGUCUAUUAUAAUCAAAUUCUGAAUAUUUAUUUGA